AUGCGUGUUCGGCGGGACCCCGAGGUCUCGGAGGAGGUCCAGGAGCGGCGUGCCCGCUGCAUCGCCCUCGAGAAGGCCUACGUGCACGACGUGUACGACACCCUCGCCCCGAGGCUCGUCAGGCCCCGGCUCUGGCCCAGGGUGCACCAGUUCCUGCAGGACCUCGAGCUGGGAAGCCUCGUCGCCGACGUCGGUUGCGGCAGCGGACAGUACCUGGAAGCCGGCGGUGCGGGCGCCGUCGGCUGCGAACGGUCACCGAGCCUGGCCGCCGCGGCGUCGUCUCGGGGCCACGAAGUGGUGCUGUGCGACGCCCUGGCCUUGCCGUACCGCGACGAGUCCCUGGACGCCGCGCUGUCCGUCGCAGUCAUCCACCACCUGGCGUCGACCGAGAGGCGCGUGCACGCGCUCAGGGAGCUCUCGCGCGUGCUUCGAGUCGGAGGACGCGUCCUCAUCACCGUCUGGGCGCUCGAGCAGACGCACAGAAAGUUCGAGUCCCAAGACGUCCUGGUGCCCUACAGGCAGCCGACCAAGAGCAGCAGCGAAGACCGUGGCUCGUCGGUGGAACGCGAGAUGACGAGCACGACGACGAGCGAAGACGACCUGCUCAUGUACCAGUCGUACAACCCGCCGGCGUCGGACAGCGACACGGCAGCGCCGGCGCGCUCCCGCCGGAAGCGGCAGGGACGCGGCCAACGCGGGCACAGCCUGGACGACUCCAGCUCGGACCUGUCCAGUCCCAGCGAGACGUGCUACAGCUUCAUGCGGCGGGCCCUGCAGAAGCUCUCGUCCACCAGCCACCGGUCCAGGCCGUACUUUUACAGCAGCUGCAGGGGUGCUUGGUUCGCCGAGAGCGCCGCGCAGAGUAGGGUCACGUCGCCUCAGCAGCUCCAGGUCGCGGAAAAAGAGCCCCAGACUCAAGAUACAACAGGCGGUGACUGCGAACUCGAGGAAGAUGAUGAGGACGACGGCCUCAUCGAGCUCCGUCACCUCGACGCCGAGCUGCCCGUGACAGAAGAGGCCGUGCUCAGCCGACCACCCUCCAUACUCGAGGACGAGAAGAACAACCGCGGGCACGGCAAGUCCCGGUCACUGGGCGACGUCCUCAGCAUCAUACCGUCCAUCCUAAGAUCUCGACGGAAAAAAGAAGGUUCCCACGAGUUCCAGAAGCGAAUAUCAACGGCGAGCGAUCCCAGAGAAUACCUACGGAGGAUCGUCGGCGACAAGAACGGCAUCGUACGUUCCAAGUCCACGGCUUCCUGCUUCGCCAGGUUCGAGCACCUCCACGAAGACUACCAGCUCCCGCCCAUGGUGGAGAGCAUGGAGUUUCCCGAGGAAGAACAGGGGACUGGUGGCGAUCCUAAGCUUGCUGGAGACAUCUCCAACGCGACGAGCCAACUGACCACUUCGGAUAUCGCUAACGGCAACAGUAUUCUUAACGAGGAACACAUUUCGUCCAUCGUCAAAGGCCGGCUGGGUUCUCUAGACGCCCCUCCCUCUGGCUUCAACGGCUGCCGAACAAAGGAGUGGUUCAACACGUUCAACAACAACGCGAAUCUCCAGAAAUGCUUAAUAAGCACGACGACUAGUGCCACUGUCAGAAACUAUCUAUCGUCUAAGAUGGCAAAGGCCGGUGCGUCCGAGGUUCUCAAAAAGCGGAUGCGUUUUUACGGCCAACGGCUCCAAGAGAAAGCCCUCCUCAAAAACUUCUACAACCAGUGCUCCGUCGGAGAAUUCGCGGAGACAGAAGUGAAGUCGGCGGCUUCGGUUUCUCUUUGCCAGGAACCACCACUCUCAACCUAUUACUCGAUGCCGGAACUGCACACGCUUUGCGAGGAGCCUCCGCAACCGCCGGAAGCCAGCGUCCCUGACGCCGAGACAGUAGAGCCCAAGCCUGCCCCGGUAAUUCAGUGUAGCAGUCAGGAGCGCAAGAAGGACUCUUUCGACUCGGACAUUUUUGUGGAGGAGGAAGAGGUGUACUGCGUCGUCCAACACAGGCGUAGAGUCGUCAAACGAAGCAUGAGUGUCGGUACCAACAACCGGAAGUCGGAGUCCAUCUACCAACAGCGCCGCUUCUCGGCGUCCUCGGCUUCGGCGUCCAUGUGCGCAUCCCCGACGACUCCACGAAGUCGAAACGUUUCCGAGGACUCGGAAGAGUCCAUCGUCUCUGUGAUACCUCGGAAGUGUAGCAGCCUUCAGAGUGACACGAGUGUGGACAGCGAAGAAUCCAUAGUGUCCGUGAUUCAGCGGAGCAGCAGCGAGAUCGAGGCGAUUCUUCAGCGCCGAGAGUUCCACAGGGCGUGCUCGAACAGCCUGAGGGCUUCGCCGCUCAGCAUCUGCCUGGGGGCUCAAGAGACCUCGUCUCCAGAGUUCUCCCCGACACUCAGGACGACGCCCAAGAAUUCGCCGCCUCUUUUAGGCGCAUUCCCGCGACAGUACCUGGAAAAGUUUUCUGACUGUGAGGCAGUAGUUCUUCGCGACAUUAUUGGUGCUAUUGUGUCCUUCGCUCACUGUACCGAUGCGCUGGACGUCCCUCAGUGGGCCAACCUUCAGGACGCGCUUCAGCAAGAAGAAGCUACCGAGGCCGCAGAAAGUCUCGGGGCCACGGAGACGAUAGGGGAUGAGGACAACGAUAGCGGCUCUGAAGAUACUCAAUCGUACAUGUCCAACCCUGACCUCUCAGCAGCGGGUGCUGAUGCCAGUUGCUGCGAAGACGAUAUUCCGCAAAUUGAACUGGACGUUAGAGAACUCGACGACCCUUACUACUCAGCGGCGGAGUCGGCCCCAAAUGAGGAGAGUACUACGUCCAGUGGUGAGACUUUGCAAGUCCAGACGGACAAUACAUCCAUUAGUACCGAAAGCCUCAGUUCACCCCAGGCCACAGAAAGUAUUGAGUCAAGUUCUGGAAGCACACUAGAACCCCAAACGGAUGCUGCCACUUCGGAAAAUGAACUCGAUGCUCUGAGUGUGGCGUCUCCGGACGAUACGCCUGAAGAGCUAACUCCACAGUCGUACAACAGCAUUGGGUCGAAGAACAACGAUCCAGCCCUAGGAUUUUUGGACGCGCUGAGUGAAGAAGGUAAAAUUCCUACAGACAGCGCCAAAUCCGAUAAUCUGGUGAGCCUGAAACCGAACGACAGCGAUGGGCAUCCCUGGCCCCUCGUCAAUUUUACACCGGAGUGUCGUACAGACGUGACAGUCAAAACUUCUAACCAAAAAUCAAGCAUGGCAAACAAAGGGGAUAGCGAAGUAGAGUCGGAAGAUUGCAGUACGGGACUGUGCAUGACACCUAUCAGACUAACCAUCGUAAAAAAGUCUUUGCCUGUGCACUCAGGUCUAUCUAAGCUAUGCAGUCAAAACACAGACCUCGCAUCAGGUGAGAUAUACUGGGAGCGAUUUCUACCGGCAGUGCUUUCCGUCGACGCCACCGAGCAGCUAACCGCGUCGGCGACUGCAAUGGAAAUCGAAGGCAGCCCAGGUUCGGAAGCCUCGGAGGUCAGUUCAGACGACAGCCUCAAUGUCACCGUGGCGCAAAGCAAAACGGCGGCUCAGGACAGUUCACCGGAUGAUUCACUCGAGAGUAUCGCAGAGUGUAGCGAAGAAGAAGCUCAAGCUGAACAGGAUACGGAAAAAGCCAGCGAUGGUUAUAUCCCACCGACUGCGACCCAGACAGAGACAGCAGAAAAAAAGGUGUUGGACGAGGAGUCAGAGAUCAGCAAGGACAGAGAAGGUCAAAAUGAAAGUACUGCUGAAGAAACUGAAGAUGAUGCUGAGGCGUCGGAAAAACAGGACCAAAACAGCGAGUCUAGCGACUGUGCACCAUUCCCGUUUAAUGUCAUUGUGGAAGACUACAGCGAGGAGAGUGACUCCUGCAACGAACCUGCCCUUGAAGAAAAUGCACCACAAACGGGUGAUUGCCUCACCGUUGAAGGACUCGCGAACAGUACUUCCAACGGUUCAAGCUCAACGGCCAGCUUUCAAACUGUCCUGCAGUGUCCGAGUCCGACGCCUAUUGUUGAAGAUGACGACGGUGAAAAGCCUUCUGAAGUUACCAAGGACGACGAGGAUCAUGAAAAAAUUGCCCAGCACCAGGACAGUAAAACUGUCUGUGACGAUCCAGAUGACAAACUGAGCAGGAAAGCUUCUGCGUCCUUGUCCUCCUCUCAAGAAUCCUUGCAGGACACUGACGGUGGCGGCAGUUCUUUGAUGCUGCACAGGUAUUACCAUGUGUUUAGGGAAGGUGAACUUGACAAUUUGAUCGACAAGUAUGUCGAGAACCUCCACAUCAUUUCUUCCUACUACGAUCAUGCUAGUUGGUGCGUCAUUGCGGAAAAGGUUCAAGUAUGGACGAUAUAA